CCCCGGGAAAAUGACGUCAGCACGCGGGACCCCCCUCUCCAUCCACCGUCCAUUCAGCACGAGGCUGUUUGUCUGGAGACACAGACGCCGCAGGCUCCCCAAACAUCCUCCAGAAAUGGUGUCGUUUAGAAGAGAAGCGAGUUCCACAGGAGGGCAAAUGUUCGGCGCCGCUCACGCAGAAGACGCUCUGACUGCGGCUCAGAGGCAGAGGGGUCGUCUCAGGAAACAAAAGCUCAGAACUCUUUUUAGUGACUUCGAGGAUGAUUCCCUUCCAUCUCCAAACUCCUUCAGGACGAAUUUGGCCUUUUUUGCGCUUGAAAACCAAAGAUCUGUCACAGGAGAGUUGUCAAGCUGGUUCCUCCAGUAUGGAGACGUCGGCUUCAAGAUCCAGAGGGAGAAAGAAACGCAGUUUUUUCCUUGCAACAGUUUGGCCCGUCAGCCGCAACUGACUGCAGAGGCCAGGUGUAAGCUGGUCAGCUGGCUCAUUCCUGUUCACAAACAUUUUCGUCUGUCCUUCGAGUGCUGCUGUCUAUCAGUGAACAUCAUGGACAGGUUCCUGGCAUCCACUCCCAUUGCUGUAGACUGCUUCCAGCUCCUGGGAGUCACCGCGCUCCUCCUGGCCACUAAACUGGUGGAGAUUGGUUCCCCAUCAGUCAGCCACCUUCUGUCCUUGUGCUGUGAUGCUUUCACUAAGGAGCAGCUCUACAACCUGGAGCGCCUCAUCCUCCUGCGACUUAACUUCCAUUUCACUGCUCCCACCCUGGCCUUUUUCCUGGACUAUUUCACAAACUGCAUUGAGGCUGAUGCCCGGUUUAAAAAUAAUUGUUCUGGCACAUCAAAGACCACCUAUGUCAGCAGCUUUGCUCAAAAGGUGUGUGAGUUGACUCUGGCUGACUAUGCUUUCAAUAAAUACCCACCGUCUCUGACGGCUAGCUGUGCCAUGAGACUCGCCAGUGAGUUUUUGCAGACGUAUUUUGCUGGGACAUCAUCCAUGCAGUCACAGGAUAACCUGGUGGAUGGUUUCACAGACGAGGGUUCUACAGUUUCCCUUCAGCUACUAGAGAGUGAUGGAGCUUCAGAGAUGGACCUUAAGGACUGCUUCCUGUCAAUGAUGAACUUCAACCAUAACCUAAUGGAAGAAUGUCAGGAGAACAUGAAGCUGUUAGUGUCAUUAAAUGGGAUCGACCAAUGCGCCAUUGACUGCUCUUAUUAAUCAGAUUCAAAACGUCCUAUGAAUACCGUGGUCAUUUUUACAGUAGUGAUUACUACAUUUUUUCUAAAAGUUGUUACUGUCUAUUAAUAUGUUUUCCAUCUAAAAAAUUGUGCAAUUGUUUGUGUAUUCCUUCACUUUUUGCACCUUUAACAUGUUUGUAUGAUGAAAUAAA